AUGGCGCUUAUUUUAGCUGACGAUGUGGAAAGGGAAGCAAGAAGGAUUAUCGCCACGGAAAAUGCGUUUGAUGCACUCGCCUUAAAUCCCGUCGAUGCGAAAAACGAGGUUGUGCUGAAACGCUAUGAGGAAAAAGUUGCUCCUCUUCGACGGUUGGUGAGGAAUCGGUUGGCGAUGGAAGCCAAGGCCCGUUUGGACCAUGCCAAAGUGUUGCUACUGGAUGAGACUCUUCGUGCCAAGGAAGUGCUGAAGUUUAAUGAGCGUCAGCGAGGCUUUAUAAAGGGAAGGGAAGAGUUGAAAGCAAUUGAAGCAAGGACUAAAUUGUUGGAGGCACGUGCAGCUGCACUUUCAUCGUAA